GCAAUCGAUUAGCAUCUAUUUUUAGUCCUCAACUAGUUAGCAUACAUCACAUCACAAUUAUUCAUUUUUUUUUCUUUUUUGCUUCCAAAUAUUACAAAAAAAAAUAUUACAAAAUACAUAAAAAAAAACAUACAUAAAGUGCAAUGGAGGCGAUGGAUUUCAUACGUUUUUUGGCCAACACUCAGCGUCUAAUUGAUUGGAGUCCAGGGGCAAAUGGGCCAGACCUAAUGUACAUAGUUCUAUCGCAUGAAAGCUGCGACCUGGAUUCUGUGGUCAGCACUUUGGCCGUUGCUUACCUUCGUUUUAAGAACCGUGGACGCUUGGAGCAUAGUUUUCUGCCCGUACUUAAUAUGAUGCGACGCGACUAUCCAACCAAAACGGAAGUGUGUUUUCUCCUCGACCAGCACAGAAUCACACCGGAUUGCCAUUUAGUCUUUCGCGACGAUGUGCCCGAAUGUUUGCUAUUGCGGUGUCGCUUCAUCCUGGUCAAUCAUCAUGUGAGUCCGUUUCACUAUUGCGUCGAAGAGGUAUACGAUUAUCGGACAUUUCAAUCUGAAGCCGCCCGCUUACCGAUCUAUUGUCAACGCAUUAUGCAUCCGAUGCGCUCGUGUGCCGCCUUAAUAACGGAAUGUUAUGCCAGUACCAGGUAUAAUUAUGCAAGAGCCUAUUGCCCAAUGGUCCUUGAUUUGUUGCAUGCCGCCAUACUUAUGCAAAAUCACAAUUUUGUUCAAAUACCCAAGUCUACACUACGCAAUGUCCGUGACUAUCAGAUGAUGCAGUUUCUUGAGAAACAUUUGGGUAAACUGCGGCCAAGGCAUAGGGCAACAUUGUGUAAAACACUGGUAAAGAUUCUCUUCGAUCUAAGUGCAUUGACAUUGCCGCAAAUAUUGCGACGUGAAUUCAAAAUACUUCGUGCCACAAAUGGUUUGCGUCUUGUGCGAAUUGCUCAAUGUUGUUUUCCCAUGGCCGUUACACGUUUCAUUUCCUAUGAGUUUGCCCAAAUGGCAUUGCAAGAGUUUGCCGCCGAACAUGAUUGUGAUUAUAUAAUUCUAUUGGGCACAAGCAUGCAUCCAAGGGGGGGUGGUCUUGGCAUCAAAGAGUUGGGCCUCAUACCUCUGGAUGGAUUACACGAUGUGGAGGGUCGUCGUAUUUUCGAGCAUUUGAUUAUCAAUUUAACUGCAGCAGUCAAUCCAUUGCUUUCUCUGAAACCGCAUUGUCAUUUAGAUUUUAUGCAAGGUGCCUUCUUUUUUCUAAAUGUAUGGAAUAUUGGAUUCUAUGAUGUACUUCAACUAAUGCAGCAAAUACUCUACGAUUGGGUGUCUGAAGAUAUAUUUUAGCCCACUUCAAUGAAAAAGAAACAAAGAGAAAAGACAUGAUUUUAAGCAUCUUAACAAUAAUGUUAUAUAUAUAUAUAUACAUAUAUAUGUAGAUAAUAAUAA